AUGACUCUAGAAGCUUCAAUUGUUAUUUUAGAUAAUACCGAAUAUGCAAGAAAUGGGGACCAUUUGCCUUCCAGAUAUGAAGCAUAAGCAGAAACAAUCCAGGCUAUAAUAAAUGCAAAAUAAUAAAUGAAUAUGGAAAAUGCAGUUGGUAUAUUAACUAUGGGAGGCCCAUAAGUUGAAGUAUUAAUCACACCUAGCGCAGAUCCUGAUGCUAUUUUAGGCUGCUUAUUUGGCGUAAAGCUUAGAGGUGAAAAAGCUCACUUUUUAAAUGCUCUUUAAAUUGCUUAGCUUGGAUUAAAACACAGAAAAAAUAAAAAUAUGAGAUAAAGGAUAAUCGUUUUUGUUGCAUCACCAAUUGUUGAAGAUGAAAAAACUUUGGAAAGAGUUGCAAAGUAAUUAAAAAAGAAUAAUGUUAGUGUUGAUAUUGUUAAUCUAUGUUAAAGUGGAGUUAAUUAAAUUGAAAAACUAGACAAAUUCAUUCAAACUGUUAAUUCAGGUGAUUCUUCAUACUUUUUAAAUGUUUAAAGCGGCAUUACUAGUUUAACAGAAACCCUCUUUAACUCUCCUAUAUUAAACCGUUUCCUUAGUGGUUCUAACGCUAACUAAGCCUCGAGUGUAGGUAAUGUACCAAUCAAUCCAACCUAAGCUGGUGGAGCUAAUCCAUUUGCUGAAUAUGGUGGAAUUGAUCCCUCUGAAGACCCCGAAUUAGCUUAAGCUAUGAAGCUUUCUCUAGAAGAAGAAAAGAGAAUUUAAGAAUAAUUAGAGAGAGAAAAGAAUUAAUAAUAAUAAUAAUAGCAAGCACCUAGUUAACCAGCAUAAGAAAAUGCAACUAGCUUGGCUUAAUAGAAUUUAAAUACUUCUGCAAAUAAUCCAUCAUUUGUAAAUGAAACAAUGUAAGAUGAAAAUUAGGGCCUUUUAGCAAACAAAGAUGAUUUUGAUGAAUUGACAGAAGAAGAGUUGAUGAAUCAAGCUAUAUUAGCUUCAUAAUAAGAAAACCCAUUUGAAGCAUAGCAAGGAGCAGAAAACAAAGAACCUAGAAAAGAAUAAACCAAAAAAGAAGAUGAUGAAUCUGUAUAAGCUAAUUUAAUGUAGGAUGAAAAGUUUGUUGAAGAUUUGUUAAAUUUAGUUGGUAAAGGAGAUGAGAAAAAAGAUGAUAAAAAAGAAAAUGAAAAGAAGUGA